AUGAACAUUGACUUAAGGCUAAAGAUUGACACUGGAGCCCAGAGUGAUAUCUUGCCUGUCAACCUUUUCAAAAAGAUGUUCCCAGAACACAUGACACAAGAGGAUAAAGUCAAAGAAGGAAUCCUCACACCAAGUGAUGUAAUCCUCACUGCGUACGGAGGUACCAGGAUUCCACAACUGGGCAAAACAACAAUCACAGGGACACACAAAGGAAAAAUAAUCAAGUGUUCUUUUUAUGUCAUAAAAACCGAAGGACCAGCAAUUCUUAGACUCAAUACCUGUAAAAAUCUUAAUAUUGUGUCAAUCAAUGGUGAAGUGAAGGCAGCUCCAAGCAGGAUUGACAGUGAUAUGCCUAUCAAAGACCGACCACCAAUCACAAACAAAGAGGAACUGAUAAGCAUGUACCCUGAAUGCUUUGACGAUACAGUCGGGUGUUUUGUGAAAUGUCGAUACCAUAUAACAGUCGACCCCAAUAUCAAACCAAUUGUUCACCCAGCUCGCCGCGUCCCUCUAGAACUAAAAGAGAAGCUGAAGGCAGAGUUGGACAGAAUGGAAAAAAAGAAAUAA